GUUCCAGCUCAGACCCACACAUGUUCCUCCAGCCCAUCUUGUCCAUGUACUUGCCUCACCUCAGAGACCAUCCGGACAGCAUCAAACCCAAUGUCCUCCUGAGCCAGGGACGCUGUGGAGUGUCCCUCGUACUCGGCGUUCCAACAGUGAAACGUGCGAAGCAGAACUACCUCAUCAACACGCUCAGCUCUCUUCUUUACAACCUGACGCCUGCCCAGCGCCACGAUCUGCUCAUCAUCAUCUUUGUUGCUGAGACAGAUUCAGACUAUGUGAGCAGCAUCACCGAGGCUGUGAGGAAGAAGUGA